CUCGCGAUCGGCCAUCGAAGCCCAUCGAUUUAAUUUCCAUCGCACUUGGAGCAAUUUCCCAGACUUGCGCGCACGUCUAAAACUAUUCGUACCGCAUCCUGGUCCCGAUCUCAAUACGACCGUUACGACGUACAUACUCCACCUUGUCGCCCAGAAGCACUCCCGCACAUUCGCUCCGCAAGACAACUGUCCAAACUUUCUCCCGAUUAUCCAUUGAUCCUUCUCCACGAAUUGGCAAUUGAGGGCUCGCACCACGCCGACAACGUACAAACAACCUGAAUAACAAGAGUCUCACGCCCUAGAACACACUCAAUCAGACAUAUUCAGACACCACAAUGGGCUGGUGGCCAUUCUCAAACAGCUCCGGCUCUGCGCCCGCAGACACCACAUCCAUACCAACAACGUCCACCACACCCUCAAUACCGACCUCAACACCAACAACAUCCUCACAAACACAAGCACCGCUACCACCCUCCUCUACAACGACAUCAACGACCCAACAAGACGACGAAUUCCACGCCGCCUUCCCGCACCUCGCCCCUCCCACCACCUCCCCAACAUCCCCCUCCGACUCCGCAUCCUCCACCUCCACAUCAACCUCCCCGUACCCGACGAAGAUGUCCUGCACCGCCGCCUUCGACGCCGCCUUCUACUGCUCCUCCCUGGGCGGCCACUUCAACGACAUCUACCGGUACGGCGAGCUGCGCUCCUGCAGCGACCACUGGCGCGACUGGCGCUUCUGCAUGGGCCUCAACGUCUACGGCAAGGCGCGCCAGGAGGAGAUGAUCGCCAACCACUACAAGGAGAAGGAGGACAAGGUCAGGGGGAAGCCGAACAGCGAGGACAUCUGGGAUCGGAGGGGCGACGACGAGAGGAUCGAGAGGCCGUUUGGGAGGGCCGAGGAGGAGGCUAGGAGGGUCGAGGGGUAGCUUGGAAUUGCUUCUAUGGGGGUAGGCGAGCAGUGUGUGUAUGACUAUGUUUGGAUGGACAAAAUGGUUAUUGCGAUGUGGUAGUAUUAUAGUGCUGGGGUACAAAUGAUGAAUAGAUAUCCCCCAUCAAUAUGAUGGAUUGUAUAUGUACAUGAAUGGCAAAAACUGAAUGACACCUCUCAUGCAA